CUUGCGUCUACUACGAUCUAGCCCGGCUGUGUACCACGUGACGUGUACGUGGGUGAACAGACAGGCCUAUUGUAUGGUCUACAUAAUCUUUAGUACAGGCGACAUCGCUCACUAGCACUGUUGAUGACACUUGAACAGCUAGUCCGCCUCUGCUCUGGCGACACAGACUGUCGGCUUCAUUUCGGAGUUGGUGUGGGAGCAUCAGCAGAAAGAUCGGCCCGCAAUGAUUAUCUAGACCUACAUAUGGAUCUACACGAGUAGCACUGUACUUUUGUAGUGUGGAGCAGGCAGUAGAAUCUGAUGUCAUGUUGUACAGUCAUGUACAUAAUCUACGCGUAAAUCUACAACUUUUGCCAGAUCAGACAGAUGAAUGAAGCCACAGAGCUCUGGCCGCUGGAGCGUGCAGCGCUAGCGAACGUGUAGAGAGGAUCUUGGACUGCUGCACCGUCUGUGCUUCAGUUGAAUGCGGAAUCGUUUUUUUCUUGCUCGUUGCCGUCUGUGGGUGUUCUGGGCGGAUGCGUGUUCUGCUUGCGGCCCUUCACAUUGUUAUUUUCUGGGAGUUUGAGUGACGCUCCGUCGCAAUCUGGUUGCGGAAGUGAAGCGCUUUCGUUCCUUACCUGCCCAUCGGCAGGUGGCGUUUAGGUUUGUUUGACUACCAAUCGUCCAGAUCAACGUUACCAGAAUAGCGGACGCCGGACAGGAACCACCCGGCCGUUAUCGGGAGCAGGUGCUUCUCCCUGGCUUGAAGUCAGGUAUCCGUUUGGUGACAACAUUGGUGAAGGCUAUUGUUACCAAUGGAGCAAGAGUCCAGCAAGGAUGAGAGCUCCGGCCGCCAAUCACAACAACCUGCUGGUGGCACUGCAAUGGAAACAGUUUCUGAAGAGGAGAGUAAGGACAAGUAUCGACCACCAGGUCUGGCUGAGUGCGGUGAUCACUACUACUCAACCAAUGCACCUCAUCCAGACCUGGUGAGAGCAUGUGAAGAUGACGAUGUGGAACAAGUCCGACACACCGUGAAUAUCGGCACUCCAACUGAACCUGUGACUAGACCGGAUCUCUUGGAACAAGUGCCGGAGUCAUACUUUACCAUUGCAAAUCGUGCUAAGAGAAUUCCCAUGACAAUCAUGGUAAGUCAGAAGUAUCUCCUCCAUCCCCUCAAAUGAAUGAUGCUUUGCCAGUGUCGCACCAAAGCAAUUUUCACCUCUCAA